AUGGCUCGACCUUUACAAGAUCUCUACUGGGAGCUGGCAACAGAUAUCAAUGACCCUUCACCAUUGACCAACUACUGGUGCGAUGCUAAGACGGAAACGGGAGGAAGGAUCUUAGUAACCACCCCAGACCAAGAUGCACCACUUGACCUUACACCUUCCUCUGGUAACGAAGAUUCCAACGACUCCAACAACUCCAACGAAUCCAACAAUUCCAACAAUUCCAAGAAGUCAACUCCAGUAGGCGCAAUCGCCGGUGGAGUAAUCGGCGGCGUCGCUCUUCUAGCCGCUGUAGUUCUCGGAGUCUUCUUCCUUCUUCGCCGCAAGAAGAAGCAACAGAACAAUACCACCGUCAACAACAACAUGCAGCAGCCACCCACCGCACCUCAAGCUCCACCAGCCGGUGUCCAGUACUAUCACGAGCAGAAGCCCGUCCCUCAGCAACACAUGCAACAGAUGCCGUCUCCACCGCCUCAACACCAACAGCACUACGGUCAGUACGAUCCGAACGCACAGCAACCCGCGCAACAUUUCUAUGACCCCAAUGCUCAGUCUGCGUAUGCUACGCAGCAGGGUGGCUAUGCGAUGCCGGAGAAAAUAUCAGGUGCUGUGAAUCCUGUGCAGGCGAACCCGCACUAUUCGGACGGGCCAGUGAGCCCUGUACCGCAGUACUCCCCAGCUAUGUCGCCGCCAGUUCCAGCCACCAUUAAUGAGUUGCCGAGUGGGAGGAUGUGA